AUGAACGAUCUCCCUAUCUAUGUAUUUACUGGACCUUCCGGUGCUGGUAAAAGUACGCUACUACAAAUGUUGAUGGAGAAGUUUCCCAAUAGCUUUGGAUUCAGUGUAUCUCACACUACACGAAAACCACGUCCAGGGGAAAGAGACGGAAUAGAUUAUCAUUUUAUAGACAGAGAAAAAUUUCUAAAUGAAAUUUCCGAGAAGAAAUUUCUUGAGUACGCAGAAUUUGCUGGAAACAUUUAUGGGACUUCAAGAUCAUCUGUACAAUCGGUACUUGAUUCUGGUCGAAUAUGUAUUUUAGAUGUUGAAUUACAAGGAGUGAUAAGUAUUCAUGCAAUUCAACCACCAUUAAAUGCACAAUACAUUCUUAUUCGUCCAUCAUCAAUGAGUGAAUUGGAAAAACGUUUACGUGAUCGAGGUACCGAGACUGAAGAAACUUUAUCUAAACGACUUGCACGUGCUCGUGAAGAUAUUGCAUUUUCUGAAACUGAAGAAGGUCAAAAACUAUUCACUAAAAUUAUCAUUAAUGAUGAUCUUAAUACUGGUUAUAAAGAAUUAGAAAAUUUUAUUCUCCCAGCUAUUAAAUGUGUCAAAUGUGCAUUAUAA